AUGUUCCACACUGACUCUGUCAUCUGCGGACUCUCUGCACUCGCUCUCAAGACCAAUGCGCCACACGUGCUUAGGGAUUAGGCUUUGGAACUCAGCCUCAGCAAGAACACCAAGCUGGAGCACGCUAAGGUCUUCGGUAGCAGCGAGAUCGUGCCAAUCGAGAAGGCCAUCGUCGCCAACAGUUCAGCGGUGCGUGAGUGGGACUCCAACGGAACAGUCUUCGGCUAUUCUGCCAAGGACGCCAAGAGGCAGGCUGGCGAGUUCGGCCACAACGACUUCUACCCGGUGGUGAUCGCUGCUGCCCACGUCAACAAGAGCAUCAACGGCGCCAAGGCACUCAAGGCCAUGACCCUCCAGGACGAAAUCAGAGGCAGGCUCUGCGAAGUCUUCUCCCUUAAGACCUAUAAGAUCGAUCACGUCGUCCAUGGAGCCAUCGCCUCCAUCUGCACCUAUGGUGCUUUGGUGGGUGCUUCCGCCGAGCACAUCGAGCACGCAAUCGGUAUGUUCGUGGCUCACUACAUUCCCUGGAGAGCCAUCAGAGCCGGCAAGCAGCUCAGCGACUCCAAGGGUGCUUCCGCCGCCAUCUCCACCGAGGCCGCCAUCAUGUGCAUCAAGCGCGCCAUGAGGGGCUUCAUCGGACCCAAGGACAUCUUCCGCAAUCCCGAAUCCAUCUUCCGCUACUUCGAGAAGACGCAGGGCGAUUCCCCCUUCGACAUCACCGUCGCCAACAGCGGAGAGGACUUCGCCGUGAUGGGCAUGCACUUCAAGCUCGGUCUCUACGAGCACCAGUCAGCAGGCGCCCUGGAGGGACUGCAGAAGAUCAUCUUCGAUACUAAGUUCACCCAGAACCACAAGAUCGAAGACAUCGAAAACAUCAACAUCGUUGCCUAUGAGCCUGCCUUCGGAAUCAUCGGAGAUCCAGCCAAGAAACAGCCCUCUACUCGUCAGUCUGCAGAUCACUCCAUGGUCUACAUCGUCAGCACUAUCCUGCGCAAGGCCUUCGAAGGCCACGAUAAGCUUUCCAGCCUGGAAAACCUUGAUUCCGUCUGGAAGACUCUUAUGUUGGAGCCAAGAGACUACGGUCACCACGCUCUCUUCAACAAGCAGACUCGCGCCCUCAUGGCUAAGUGCACCUUCACCCACGGUGGUAAGGAGUUCGACGAUAAGUAUCCCGAGGGCAUCCCCACCUCGAUCAGAGUCACCCUCAAGGACGGCAAGAAGUACGAAUCCGGCUUCGUCAUGUUCCCCUCAGGCCACUCGCGCAACACCACCGCCAACCUCAGGAACAUCCUCAACUACAAGAACAACCUCCUCGGCAGGCUCGCCCUCGACGAGGCCCAGCUCAAGACUAAGUUGGAGCAGCUCGACAGGAUCGAGUCCCUCUCCAACGCCGACCUCCAAAACCUCUACGAGUGCAAGAUCAACGUCAGGAGGUACUCAGUCGAUGAGGAGAAAUUCUCAGAAUGA